AGUCCGUGAAGCGGGAAACAAAACCCGGCCUAACAAAGCCCGUCGCAGCGACCUCCGGGAGUUUCGGUCUGGCCAGGUCUAGACUCAGAGUCACCAGGGGGACAGGGACGGAGCGUAUCACUCUCGAUUUGUAAUGGACUCUAAACAUGCGACAUAAAGAGGAAGAUGGCAAUGCAGCGGCAGGACCUACCGCCGACAACAGGUAGUCGCACUAGUUGGUGCAGCAUCUCGGAUAGUUGUCAAUUUGCGGUUCUGGUGUUAAUGGUUUGUUAGUACGCGGCGGUGUCCUUGCUGUCUCGUCCUUGACGGUCAUAGUCAUAAGUCCGCCCAGCCAGCCCCUCGUCAGACUCACCGCAAUUAUGACGCUUGUGGUCGGUGUGUUUGCGGUAAUUUAGUUAUCUACCAGGACUUAAUGCGAUUUUCGCCGGAAAUAGCCAGUUGGCGGUCAGCCACAGAUCUUUGAUUUAGCAUGCACUAUUUAAAAACACAUUCGGCAGCCUAUAAGCCCGUUUUACUGUCAAUGCCCAGCGAUAAACACCCAGACAAUACAAUACUCUCGGCCCAUAAAUAUGCCCAGUCCUGCUCCAUCGAUUGGCGGUUGCAUGUUUAGCAAAUUACUCAACACGGUGCACGGCAGGCAGGCGGAGUAGCCCUCCGCUAGCCAUUAAAUAAAUUAUAACGAACUGCUGGCGAAAGAACGCCCCUUGCCUUUCGACGCUGAGCGCAAACAAAUUGCUCCCUGCCAAGAGCUCGCCCCGCCACGUGGGAGACGACACGCAGUCUGCAGUUUUUGUGGACAAGAAAUUUUGACAGUGGGAUUACGAUUACGGGACCCUGGGCGAAGGAGCAAGCCAUUUGCUCAAAGCAAAUGCCGCUGGGGGUUUCCUUUUCGGGACAAGGUCGCGUUAACCAGCUCGGAGGCGUUUUUAUCAAUGGUCGCCCGCUGCCCAAUCACAUUCGCCUUAAGAUCGUGGAAAUGGCGGCUAGUGGAGUUCGGCCCUGUGUGAUCUCGCGCCAGCUGCGCGUCUCCCACGGCUGCGUAUCAAAGAUUCUAAACCGAUACCAGGAGACGGGCUCCAUUAGACCCGGUGUAAUAGGUGGAUCUAAGCCCAAGGUAACCUCGCCCGAGAUUGAAACGCGGAUCGAUGAGCUGCGAAAGGAAAACCCCGGCAUAUUUAGUUGGGAGAUACGCGAGAAGCUGAUCAAGGAGGGCUUUGCGGAUCCCCCGUCAACGUCAUCGAUCAGUCGGUUAUUGCGAGGUAACGAUCGAGGCAGCGAAGAUGGUCGGAAGGACUAUACUAUACAUGGAAUUCUUGGAGGCCGUGACUCCGACAUAAGUGAUACGGAGUCGGAGCCUGGGAUUCCGCUGAAACGCAAGCAGCGGCGCUCCCGGACCACCUUUACCGCCGAGCAGCUGGAGGCCCUUGAGCGGGCCUUUGCCCGCACACAGUACCCGGACGUGUACACCCGGGAGGAGCUGGCCCAGACCACUGCCCUGACCGAGGCGCGCAUCCAGGUCUGGUUCUCCAAUCGUCGCGCCCGUCUACGCAAGAAUUCGGGCGGCUCGAGCUCCGGACUUUCGCCCAUGAACAGUGGCAGCUCUAGUGUGGGUGUUGGAGUGGGCAGUGGAGCGGCGGCGCCACUGGGCUUUGGGCCUUUGGGCGUGGGUUCCAUGGCAGGCUACAGUCCUGCGCCUGGCACCACCGCAAGUGGAGCUGGCAUGAACGAUGGAGUUCACCACGCCGCCAACGCUCCAAGUACCCACCACAGUGCAGCAGCGGCUGCUGCAGCGGCGCACCAUCAUACACAGAUGGGUGGCUACGAUUUGGUACAAAGUGCGGCGCAACACGGAUUCCCCGGGAGCUUCGCUCAGCCCGGCCACUUUGGGAGUCAGAACUACUAUCAUCAAGACUACUCCAAAAUGACCAUUGACGACUUCUCCAAGCUAACCGCCGACAGUGUCUCAAAGAUCUCGCCCUCACUGCACCUGAGCGACAACUACUCAAAGCUGGAGGCGCCUUCGAACUGGUACCAUCUUAACCAGUCGGCGGUGGCCGCAGCCAACUACAAUGCCCACGUAGCACAACACCAGCUCAACGACUACGCCGCUGCAGCGGCUCACGGCUCAGCGGCUGCCGCCUACAACCACCACCCCUUACCGGCGCAAGGUCAGGCCAAGUACUGGUCAUGAACUUUGGAUCCAGAGACAUCGCUUCACGAACGAGAGCCAAUCCAUUUUUGCGUUAGUUUUAUGCAUUUCAAUUAUCAGCAGAGGCACAUUUAGAUGUUAGGCAACUAUUUAUACAACGCAAAUGUGAAUAUGGAAAAUAACGCUUACUGCACGUGCAUUACAUGGCUUUUAUAGGCGCAUUAAGGCUGCCAGCGUUUCCAUACAAGCAUUUCGAAAAUAAAGCUACAAAUUAAUUUAUAUUUGUAAACCUUAGUAAUAAGAUAUUGUUAGCUUCAGUACAUGUCAGUACCGGCGAAAAUUCGUUUAAUAAAACCAAUGAUGUGGAAGAUA